AUGGCCAAGGAAGCCACUGCUAAGACCGGCCUCGCCGUUGGCCUCAACAAGGGUCACAAGACCACUGCUCGCGUUGUCAAGCCCCGCGUCUCCCGCACCAAGGGCCACCUCAGCAAGCGCACCGCCUUCGUCCGCGAGGUCGUCAAGGAGGUCGCCGGCCUCGCCCCCUACGAGCGCCGCGUCAUCGAACUCCUCCGCAACUCGCGCGACAAGCGUGCCCGCAAGCUCGCCAAGAAGAGAAGAAAGGUCGACGAGCUCCAGCGCGUCAUCGCCGACUCCCGCCGUACCGCUCACUAA